AAUUCAAAUAAGCUCCACGCGUUCACGGUGUACGUGCCUUUGAGUGUUUUCUUCGCGCAUAAAGUAGUAAUGUUCGUCACGAAAAGUCAAUGCUGCUUCACUCAACGGUCUCACCACCACGUCCAGAAUUCAAUAUAGUACUGACAUCUUAUCAGGGAAGAAUGUAGAAGAGAUGAUAAGAAACAUUCAAAAUACGGUUUUUGAGCUGAAAUCUUCUAUCUCAAGACCAGUUAAUUUUCAACAUCAGCUCAUCAGUCCGUUUUCUGUGCUAUUCACUCGCAAUCCUGCACCAUUCGAGUGUGCAGUGUACCUGUCUGUGUCCUGAAACAGGUUUAGUGAAUUUUUAGGUCGGAUCUCAGUGGCAGCCAUCAUGAGCAGUUUAUCUCGUUUUCGUCUAAUCACAUUCGAUGUGCAUAAUACUUUGUUGCAAAUUCGAUCCGCGCCUGGUAAAAAGUAUGGCGAAUUGGGUGCUAUGUUUGGCAUAAGCAAUAACAACAGUCAGCUGGUAGCAAACUAUGUUCAGAGCUGGCGCAAAAUGAACCGAUUGCAUCCGAACUUUGGACUGAAGACUAAAAUUGGAUACAAGCAAUGGUGGCAGAUGAUGAUAGGAGGAAUUUUCAAUGAAAACGGCACUCAUAAUAUUCCCGAUGACAAAAUUGAGCAAAUGACUGAACACUUCAUGGAUUUUUUCAAAACUAGUGGUUUUUGGCAGCAUUGUUACGGUUCUAUUGAUUUUCUCAAUUAUUUGAAACUUCAAAAACACUUGGAAUCAAGCAACAGUAAAGAUGCUCCCUUUAAAUUAGGAGUGAUUUCUAAUUUCGACCCGCGAUUGGAUGUUCUGCUGAGAAACAUGAAAAUAAAUCACUAUUUCGACUUUGUGUUAAAUUCCUACGAUGUCGGAUACAUGAAGCCAGCGAAAGAAAUUUUCGAAGCCGCCGAGAAUGCUGCUGAGCUGAAAGAUUUGAAACCGCAUGAAUGUUUGCACAUUGGCGCAACUCCUGUGACUGACUAUUUUGGUUCGAAAAAUGCAGGCUGGUAUGGAUUACUAGUGCACGAGAAAUCUGCGGAUGAACUGACGCGAAAAUAUUCGCAAACUGUGGACGACAACCAUGUAUUUUCUAGUCUGUUUGAUAUUCACAAAAAAAUUUCCAAUGAUUACAUGAGAUGGUAAAUAAAGAAUAUAUUAUUUUUAAAAAUA